GUACUAAAAAUAGAAUUUGAUACGUGUUCUACAUAAAAGUAUUUUAGAAUGCGAAAUAGAAUGCGUCCUAAAGCAAAUUCAAAGUAAUGAAGUGGCCAUCCGUCUUUAUUCGCUCAUCCUUAUCUCUAAAUAAAAACAAUAGUACUGAAGGAAAGCGGUCAGUUUUCAUUCGAAUUCAGACGGCGUAACGUCUUUGUCAACUCAUGAUAACAGAUAUCAAACUGAAAUCAAUUAUAACGCUGGCACCCGUGUACAAUGAUAACGUUACUCUUGUGUUUAAUAGUUACAAUUCCUUUAAAUGGUAUUUUGGCUAGCCUAGGACACACAAAGGUAGCCUCCAAUUUGCCAAAGGCAAAAGAUAUAGAUGAUUACUUAACACCACUGGAAAAAAUAAUAGAAUUUUGUGUUAAGCACAAAUUAUACAUUGACUUGAAUUUUGAAUUCGGACUGUUUUUGGUGAAUGUGAAUUUGAAGAACAUAGUUCAAGCGAAGGCUGCAGAAUUACAACCGAAAAUUAAAUACCGCUUGGAAGAAUUACUGAUGAAAAAUGAUGUGGUAAAUGAUUAUUUUCACUACAUGGUUAAGAAAACUGAAGAAAACAGUGCUUACGACCAGGACAGGAAGAUUUCAAGAUUAUUCCUUAACGAGACUAUUUGGCCGAGAUAUAUGCAGAAAUUCAAUGUCAUGUUACUUGAGAAAACAAAAAUUUACUCUAAGGAACAGCUAGAGAAAAUAUAUGGAAAAUGGGACACGUACGAAACCAAUGUCAAUGACUACGAGAAAUAUAGACCCUCGCCAGAUGACUCAGGUGAGAAUGUACCUAUAUUAACUAACACUUAAGGGCC